AUGUCCGACGUCCCUGAGACCAAGCCUGACCCCACCACCAGCGCUCCUGAGGCGGCUGAGAAGCCCGAGGAGACCACCACCACCACCGAAGCUCCCAAGACCGAAGAGGACAAGUCUGCGACUGAGGCUGUAGUUGACUCAGCUAAGGAGGCGGCCACCAAGACAACCGACAGCGUUUUCUCUAUGUUUGGCGGUGGUCCCAAGAAGGAAAAGAAGGAAGAGCCUGAGGAUAACAAGGAUGAGCCAUCUGGCUCUUCCAAGGCUCAGAAAACAGAAGAAGACGACGAGGCACCUGAGUCCCCCGACGUUCACUUCGAGCCUGUUAUCCGCCUGACCGAGAAGGUGGAAACCAAGACCAACGAAGAACUUGAGGAGCAGACCUUCAAGAUGCGUGCUAAGCUGUUCCGAUUCGACGCCGAGAGCAAGGAAUGGAAGGAGCGUGGUACUGGUGAUGUUAGACUGCUGAAGCACAAGGAGAACCAGAAGACUCGCCUGGUAAUGCGCAGAGACAAGACCCUGAAGGUCUGCGCCAACCACUACAUUGUCCCUGCAAUGAAGUUGAGCCCCAACGUUGGCAGUGAUCGCAGCUGGGUUUGGAACGCUACUGCCGAUGUCAGUGAGGGUGAGCCCGAGGCGCAGACCCUGGCUAUCCGUUUCGCCAACAGUGAGAAUGCCAACCUGUUCAAGGAGGCUUUCGAGAAGGCUCAGCAGGAGAACGAGAAGCUCCUUGCCGACCAGUAAAACAUGUGCCCCCGAGUGGACUGAAAUGAGUUUUACUUGAUGAACUAUCAUUAAUCACCCUUUUGAUUGUUUCAAAACACUACGAGUGAAUAUAAGACUCGCCGGUGGACAACACAGCGUUUACCCAUCUAAAUCCCGUUCCCCAUCACGCCCUUUCCGAUAUUAUCAUUUCCUCCAGCCCCAUCCC